AUUUUCAUUCCGUACUCUAUCUGUUUUUCCGCUACAUUUCCAACUGUGCGCGCGUUCGGCGGGUUCCGUUAAAAAUGGCGAGCCGAUGGAGGAGUGCAGAGUGAUAGAGACAAGAGUCACGCUUUAUUUCUUUAACGCCAACAGGAGGGAAAUAUCUGCGCAAUGGCGGCUUUGGACCAGAAAUCGCCCAACGUGCUUUUGCAGAGUCUUUGCUGCAGGAUCACGGGAAAGAGUGAAGCCGAUGUCGCACAUCAGUUUCAGUACGCCGUCCGGGUCAUCGGGAGUAAUUACGCCCCCACCAUCGAGCGCGACGAGUUCCUGGUGUCCGAAAAGAUAAAAAAAGAAUUGUUAAAGCAGAGGCGAGACGCGGACGCAGCUCUUUUUUCAGAGCUCCACAGAAAACUCCAAACCCAGGGGGUGCUGAAACACAGAUGGUCCAUCUUAUACCUCCUCCUCAGCCUUUGUGAGGAUCCCAGGAAACCGUCCACCCGGGUGGGCAGUUAUGGUUCGGUGUUUGCCCAAGCGUUGCCACGCGAUGCCCACUCCACUCCGUUCUACUACACCCGGCCACAGAGCCUGUCUCUCAGCUACCCCGAGCGCUCAGCACUGGCUGCCCACAACGCCUCCAGCAUGGGCACCAGCGGCAUCAGCAGCCUGGGCAUGUAUCCACUGAACGGCCCUGGCCCCGGCCCCAGCCCUCAGCCCCUGCUUACCGGCCCCCAAGCUGUAGCCGAUCCUGCACGUGGCACUCGUCUGGCUUGGGCUCUCCCAAUCACCGGGGCCGCUCCACUGAACCCCCGACCCACGACAGGCCCCACCCCUGGCCCUACCUCCAGUCCUGCCUCCAGACUCCCUCACAGACAGAGACGGGACGGUGACACCAGUGCUGAAAUCAGUGAGGCCGCCCUGGUGCGAGACAUCCUUUACGUGUUCCAGGGAAUUGACGGCAAAUUCAUUAAGAUGUGCACUCCAGAGAACUGCUACAAAAUCGAUUCAAAGGUUCCAAUGUGUAAGUCUUUGCGAGACACCAGUAGCCGGCUAGCGGAGCUCGGCUGGCUUCAUAACAAAGUCCGGAAGUACACAGACUCACGAAGUUUGGAUCGAGCCUUCGGAUUGGUCGGGCAGAGUUUCUGUGCCUCUCUACACCAGGAGCUGAAGGAGUAUUACAGGCUGCUGUCAGUACUGCAUUCACAGCUGCAGUUAGAGGAUGACCAGGGAGUUAAUGUUGAAUUGGAGAGCACACUCACACUAAGAAGACUCCUCGUGUGGACAUACGACCCUAAAAUUCGCCUCAAGACCCUCGCCGCGCUUGUCGACUACUGCCAAGGCCGUAAGGGAGGGGAGCUGGCCUCCGCCGUGCACGCGUACGGUAAGACCGGCGACCCUCACAUGAGAGCGCUGGUCCAGCACAUCCUCAGCCUGGUAUCACACCCCAUUCUCAACUUCCUGUACCGCUGGAUCUACGACGGAGAGCUCGAGGACACAUACCAUGAGUUCUUUGUGGCAUCUGAUCCAACAGUAAAGACAGACAGAUUGUGGCACGAUAAAUACUCUCUGAGGAAGUCAAUGAUUCCCUCCUUCAUAACCAUGGAUCAGGCCAGGAAGGUCCUGCUCAUCGGCAAAUCCAUUAAUUUCCUGCAUCAGGUGUGCCAUGACAGGACGCCGCCUGGAAAAAUCCCACCUGCCUCCAAAUCUGCCGACUCACCCAAAGACGCGGCUGAGCUGUUCACGGAUCUGGAGGGGGCGUUUCAGAGUAAGAUCGACGCCGCCUACUUCGAUACCAGUAAGUACCUCCUGGACGUGCUGAAUAAGAACUACCAACUGCUCGAGCACCUGCAGGCCAUGAGGAGAUACCUGCUGCUGGGCCAGGGAGACUUCAUCAGACAUCUGAUGGACCUGCUGAAGCCGGAGCUGGCCCGCGCCGCCACCACGCUGUACCAGCACAACCUGACCGGAAUACUGGAGACGGCGGUGCGAGCGACUAAUGCGCAGUUCGACAGUCCCGACAUCCUGAAGAGGCUGGACGUGCGGCUACUGGAGGUGUCUCCAGGUGACACGGGUUGGGACGUUUUCAGCCUGGACUAUCACGUUGACGGACCUAUCGCCACGGUGUUCACUCGCGACUGUAUGAGCCACUACUUGCGGGUAUUCAACUUCCUGUGGAGAGCCAAGCGGAUGGAGUAUAUCCUGACUGACAUCUGGAAGAGCCAGAUGUGCAACGCCAAGCUGCUGAAGAGCAUGCCUGAGCUGUCCGGAGUGCUGCAUCAGUGUCACAUCUUGGCCUCAGAGAUGGUUCAUUUCAUCCACCAGAUGCAGUACUACAUCACAUUCGAAGUGUUGGAAUGUUCGUGGGAUGAGCUGUGGAAUAAGGUGCAGCAGGCUCAGGAUCUGGAUCACAUAAUAGCAGCCCAUGAGGUUUUCCUCGACACCAUCAUCUCCCGCUGCCUCCUGGACUCCAACAGCAGGUCGUUGUUGAACCAGCUACGGGCCGUGUUUGAUCAGAUCAUCGAGUUCCAGAACGCUCAGAAUGCUCUGUACCGCUCAGCCCUGGAGGAACUGCAGCUCCGAGCGCAGUACGAGGACACCAAGAAACGCAGAGAGGAAGAGGGCGAGUGGGGUGUGACGGCGGAGCAGGAAACGGCAGAGAACAGACGAGUGCAGGAUUUUAAGGACACCAUACCAAAAAUGUGCUCUCAGCUCCGACUGCUCACACACUUCUACCAGGGCAUCGUUCAGGAGUUCUUACGGCUCCUCAUGACCAGCUCGGACGAGAGUCUGCAGUUCCUCAGCUUCCGGCUAGACUUCAACGAGCACUACAAGGCCCGGGACCCUCGCCUGCGCCCCUCGCUUGGGGCCACCAGGGGGCGCCGCAGCUCCAACAUUUAACCCGACCGCUUUCUACGUUUAGGGCUGAAGUGUUGCCAUAACGGACGCUGAUGUUGGGAGGUGGUCAGUGUAUAGUGCUUACUACAGAUGUGAAUAAAAUACACAAUAAAUGUUCAACUUUUAACUUAUGUGUCAUCACCGAAUGUCCUGAAACUCUUAAAAUGAUUUUUUUUAGCACAGGGUCACAGGUCUGUUAUCAGAUCCCAUUACUGUUUGACAAGUUAUUUUCUACAUAGCUGCAUAUUAAGGGCAGUUAAGGCAGUUUUACUAAACUCUCGCGGUCCUGCUGGAGAAAAAUCCACAGCCAUUUUAACCCAGUGUUACAGCUAGAUCUAAUAACGUACAAGCAUAUCCUUUGUUGUCCGUAUGAAAUCCGCUUUACUGCAGUCUUAAUGUAAAGUGUAUGAUCUAGGAGCAGCUUGUUGUGGCAUUUUUAAGCUCGUUCAUCCUGUAGUAAUUAUUUUUGAUCAUAAAACGGAUAGUUUCGGUUCUAAAAUCGGAUCGCCUGAACCGCGGUCGAAAGCCGGUGUCGGAUCCGAUAUACGCACCGCAUGUCCGGACCGCAUCACAAGAAUCGAAUUCUGUAUUAAUGCGUCAGGUUUUCAACCAAUCAAACUUAAGCUGUUAUUGUGUCUGUAGAAUAUCCUAAUAUUUGCCUAGCAACCAAAGCUCACUUGUACCAGACCACAUUCCAGUCCAUACAGGAUUUUGCAGUGUUUUUUUUUGUGUUUGUGAUUGUUGCAGCCCAAAAUGUAUUUAUUUUUGGCUUUAUUUUGCGGAAAACUACUUGAAUUGAAAUUGUUUCGCACGGUCAGGUCUUUCGCAGUGAUGUUUGUUGGUCAAUGAGACCUUUUAGCUGUAAUUACGUUCGACGCACGUGAAUUGAUGAAGGCUUCGACCGAAUGUGAGUUGUGAUGAUGUCACACGACGCAUUUCGGCCCGACUCUGCUGAAAAUCCUUUUAACGUCACCUGUUAAAAUUCGCCAGCCCCUCCUAAUGUUGCAGAGUUUGCCUGAUUUUUGUGUUCAUUUCUGCGAUCGCAAAAAUGUAUCGAUUUGUCAUUGGAUUUUGUCAUAUUAUUUUUCAUUUGUUAAAAGCAACACGCAGCUCCAGCUUGUACGUUACAGUGAUUUUCGUCACGCGCUUCACGUCGUGCUUAAGAGCAGCCUUACCUGCUUACGGCUUUAUUGGAUUGGUCAUAUUUCACAAAAUAUAAAUAAAUCAGCAAUUUAAAAGGAGAUGAAGCACGUGAUGAAUGCGUAAAUGUGGUAAAUAUAAGCUGUCCUGUAGCACACUGAGCAAGGUCUUGCUUUGUCCUGUGCGCUUCAUAUCUGACCGCAUAGUAGAAAGUUCCUAACCCCCAUCCCAUCGCUCCUUCUCCUGUCCCUCUAGAUUCAGGCACAAGCUGUUCCUAGAUCAGCCCAAAGCUACUCAAGGAGUUAACUUCACCAUUUUGUUUUGGGUUGUUGUUGUUUUUUUUCUCUCUUCCAUAUAUUUUUGUUUAUCAACAGACCGUGACUUUUGUAUUGCAGAAUGAAAACUCAAACCGUCUGUAUAUUCACUCCUGAUUCUGUACAGACUGGACCUUUUUAAACGGCACCACAUUUUCACCUGAAAUGACUCGAUUCAAGCGUACAUACCCACGAUGCUCUGUGAAAAUGAAUCUAUGGAGAAUGAUGACGCGUCGCACCAUGGAAACGACAGCGAACCUCCUGUUACAAAAGUGUUCAUGCGGCAGGCUUGCGUUGUGUACCUCACGUCACUCGUCGUCCCAGGACGGCCGAGCGAAGACGGUCGACUCCCAAAUUGCACUCUUUUGCAGAUUUCAUAUGGAUCACUAUGGGCUACUUCAGUCAUCCAAGUAAAAGGCAACUAAUAGUUGUCACUGUAUUACUCUCUCUAGUAUUUUUAGGUUUGUAAUUCAGUCUCGAGGAAAGAGGACGUGGUUUACGUCCGGAUUUUGUCCGUAAACUUUCCUUCUCCUUGUCGGUGGAGUCUGUUAUAUACAUAUGUAUAGAUCUAUUAUACAAUGGGGGAAACAGACAUUGCCAUUCUUUUCUUUGAAUAAAUAACAUUUCUAAA